AUGUCUCUAGAACCCACCAAAUCUCGCCUGUCAUACAUGAUCUCAGCUCUCAAGAAGUAUGGGUCGUUUAUAGGCCCGGGAGUCAUGGUUUCGGUCGCAUACAUGGACCCUGGAAACUACUCAACGGCCGUGAGUGCCGGCGCAGACUACCAGUAUAAACUCUUGGUGAUUUGUUUCCUCAGUAAUGUCUCUGCCGUCAUUCUACAGUGUCUCUGCGUGAAACUUGGAACCAUCACAGGACUCGAUUUGGCUGAAAUGUGCCGUAUGGUGCUUCCUCCUUGGCUCAAUCUCUUUUUGUACGUAUGCGCCGAACUUGCCAUUGUAGCCACCGAUUUGGCGGAGGUUGUAGGUACCGCCAUUGCAUUGGAGAUCCUCUUUGGCAUUCCGUUGAUCAUUGGAACGUUCAUUACCGUUCUCGAUGUGCUUUUCGUGCUCUUGGCCUACCACAAAGACGGAAAUAUGCGCCAGACUCGAGUGUUCGAAAUAGUGGUGUCCAUUUUGGUUGCAGCUACUUGCAUAUGCUUCGUGGUGGAGCUCUUUAAGUGUCCAUUUGGCCCCGGCGCCGUGGGUGAUAUUUUCAAGGGCUUUUUGCCAAUCCAUCCGGUGAUCUUCAAAGAAUCUAGAGCCUUGUUUAUUUCUUGUGGUAUUGUUGGAAGCACCGUGAUGCCACACUCCUUGUAUUUGGGCUCAUCCAUUGUUCAGUCUCGUUUGAAAGACUACGAUUUGAAAAAUGGACUUAUAGAGGGCCAACUCAAUUCCGACGGCGAAUACUGCUCGCUGGACUCAACUGAGGACGACACUUUGGUCCACGAAGAGGUUCCAAGAAGCAAAUUUUUGGCCUUCUCUGACGCAACCCACUUGGCUCGCAAGUACCGUCCCUCUUAUGCUGCAAUUAAACACUGCUUGACAUACUCCUACUUGGAACUCAUCUUAUCCUUGUUUCUCAUUGCUGUGUUUGUCAACUCCGCCAUCUUGAUUGUUGCUGGCUCCACAUUGUACGGAAAACCCGAUGCUGAAGACGCUGACCUUCUCUCUAUCUAUCAAAUGUUGUCGCACUACAUUUCUCCAGCUGCUGGAAUGAUUUUCGCCUUGUCUAUGCUUUUCUCCGGUCAAAGUGCUGGUAUUGUUUGCACCAUGGCUGGUCAGAUCAUUUCUGAAGGUUUCAUCAACUGGUCAUUUACUCCAUGGGUCCGUCGUAUAGUGACUCGUGGAUUGGCCAUUAUUCCGGUUAUUCUUUUCAUCACUGUUCUUGGACGCGAGGGAGUUGCAACCAUCAUGAAUUUGUCUCAGGUGGUUCUUAGUUUCAUCCUUCCAGUCGCUAGCGCUCCAUUGAUUUACUUCACAGCAUCCAAGAAAUACAUGACUGUCUAUGAUGCUCGUGCAUCUCCGGAUGAGGAAGUCGAUGAAUCUUCAACUUUGCUCACCCGUCGCCUGUCAAGAAACCAGGCUAGAGAUUAUGACCGUGAGUUCGCAAACAUGAAGGGAAGGGCUAUUUCAUUUGAAAAUAGCCACUGGCUCAAUGUUGUUGCUAUUACUACAUGGCUCAUCAUCACAUUCUUGAACAUCUACUUGGUUUACCUCUUCUCUAUUGGAAUCCAAGUGUAG